UCACAGAGAAAUUUCACACUUGACGUGAUUGCCUGAAAUCUGAGAUGCAUGGAUGUUUCAGAUUUCAAUAUGUUUUAAAUGGAGCAUAUUUAAAUCAGAUUGGAUUGUGCAACAGCUUUUAUGAACUGCCUGAGAUUUUCUUUUUUCCAAAUCAAGUUAUAUUCUGGGCGACUGAGUCUCUCAUUAUGACUCGAAUGACGCACAUAGAGUUAUAUAUGAAGUUUAUGUCACCAGGUGAACGGGAAGGAAACUAUGGACGCCGAGAGUCUUAUUCGACAUGUUGAACGAGACAUGGAGGCCACUUCACUGCCGUUUGCAGUGACCACCGACUGGCUGGAGGACGGAAAUGAGACGAUUGGGAAUCAGUUCCAGCAGCCCGACUGGCAGGUGGCUCUCUGGGCCAUAGCCUACUCCCUCAUCAUCCUGGUGUCCAUCACUGGUAAUGUCACAGUGAUCUGGAUUAUUCUGGCUCACAGACGCAUGAGGACUGUCACCAACUACUUCAUUGUAAACCUGGCCUUCUCUGACGUUUCCAUGGCAACCUUCAACACCCUUUUCAACUUUGUCUAUGCCCUUCACAAUGACUGGUACUUUGGCCUGGGCUACUGCCGGUUUCAGAACUUCUUCCCCAUCACGGCCAUGUUUUCAUCAAUAUACUCCAUGGCUGCCAUCGCAGUCGACAGGUACAUGGCCAUCAUCCACCCUCUGAAGCCCCGUCUCUCCUCCACCUCCACUAAGGUUGUGAUCGCCCUGAUUUGGAUUGUAGCAAUCUUACUGGCAUUCCCUCAGUGCUACUACAGUGUGACAAUAUUUUACUACCCCAGAACUGUGUGCAUGGUCGACUGGCCGGAUGAUUAUGGGGGAACACAUCAGCUAAGUUACCAGUAUGCAGUGAUAUUGCUCAUUUACCUGCUCCCUCUGCUGGUGAUGCUGGUGACCUACAGUUUAGUUGGCCGAUCGUUGUGGGGUGGGCGCAUCCCUGGAGAGGCGACGGAACAUUACCACAGCCAAAUCACAGCCAAGCGAAAGGUGGUGAAGAUGAUGGUUGUAGUGGUGGUGACCUUCGCCCUGUGCUGGUUGCCCUACCACAUCUAUUUCAUACUGGGAUCGUUUAACAGAGACAUUUAUAAAAAACAGUACAUUCAACAGGUGUAUCUGGCAAUAUUCUGGUUGGCGAUGAGUUCGACCAUGUACAAUCCUAUCAUCUACUGCUGUCUAAACCAAAGGUUUCGUGCUGGUUUCCGUCAUGCUUUCUCCUGGUGUCCCUUCAUCAAAGUGUCAGAGGAGGACAGGAUGGAGCUGCAGCACACGCACACCUUCAGAGUCACCAUGACGCGCAGCCACCGCAAUGACAGCACACACACCUCCAUUAAAACAAACAACACCUUUGACAUUAACAUGGCUGCCAGCGCUGAGCUCAACACAGAGAGAGAUGCUUGCAUGCAGCCUAAAAAGCAGACGCCGCCGAAAGCACACAGCACAAACAACACACGUGUGGUGAUGAGGCCAGAUGAUAUAAAAUCACCAGCUGCCAGACUUUUGCAGCACAAAAGUGACUACUGAGACAAAUCAUGCAGAGGACAUUCUCCAUGGAAAGGCAACAGGGUUUUUUUUUUAACAGCAACAACGCUGAAAAUAAACAGACUGCGGCCAGUAAAGACAGAGGAGAGCCUGUCGAGUGCCAAACAGAGCUGAGUAUACACCAAUGUGUGUGAGGAGUUGUUCAGUGAACCUGACUUGGGACCAAUUACAUUUUUUUAAAGAGCAUAAACGAAUGCAACUGCCAAGCUGAUGGAUG